GCAAUGCUUUGAGUUAUGCUUUGGCGGCGUUUCCAGACCGGCCGAAUCCUAAUUCCUAACGACAUUUUCUAAAGAAAUUCCAACCAAAUCUCCUAAAAGAGAAAGGAAAAUAAAAACAAAUAAGCGUAAUUGCAAGAUUCCUAAUUUUGGCGGAUCUAAUCAUAUUUGUGAAAUCACAGCAUUUGAAUUAUCCUGUUGAUAAUAUUUCUUUUUCCUGAUAUUCAAGUAUUCAAUUUCUUCUCCUUCUUCUUCAAGAUAUGCAAAGCCAGCUCGUUCGUAUCGGGUGUAGGAGCAUUCUUCUUUAUCCUAGAGGGGCAACAAAUGUUUGCUGCGCAUUAUGUAAUACAGUUUCCCAAGUCCCUUCCCCCGGGAUGGGAAUGACUCAACUCAUAUGUGGAGGGUGUCGAACAUUGCUAAUGUAUACAUGUGGAGCAACAAGUGUAAGAUGCUCUUGCUGUAACACCGUCAACCUUGCGACAGCACCAUCCAACCAGAUAGCUCACAUCAACUGCGGGAACUGCCGUACAAUACUAAUGUAUCCAUAUGGAGCUCCAUCAGUCAAAUGUGCUGUUUGUCAAUAUGUUACUAUUGUUGGCAUGGGCAACGUAAGGUUCCCACUUGCGGCAAGCAGACCAAAUGCUGCAGGGACUACACCAUCUACUUCGACAAGCCAAACAGUUGUUGUCGAGAAUCCCACGUCUGUUGAUGAGAGUGGCAAAUUGGUGAGCAAUGUGGUGGUUGGCAUAACAACCGACAAAAAAUGAUCCAGUGAUUUUUUUUUAUUUGUGGAGAAUGAAAACAAACAUGGUUAUGAUUGCACGCAAUUAGUUGUGUAUAUUAUCAUUAAAUUUUGUCCAUUAUCUAUGUCCGUGUCGCUGCUCAUGAUGAGGUAUGGAAAUGUGUGUUGUACAUUGUGUGUGAGAGAUGGAAAUGUUUCGUUUAUAUCUAUCCUUA